AUGGAAUCGUUGUCAAAUGGAGCGAAACGUAAAAAACGGAAAACCCGUAAAUGCUUAGACGAAAUAAGAAAAAGAUCACGACGCACGGGCCAAAUUUUAUUUGAGAAAGACGAUGGCAGAUUUGAUGAAAUGUUCCAUAACAAAAAUAUACAAAAAUGUAUGUUAACUUCUAAUCGUUUGACUUUGAGAAUGUUUCCCAAAGCUAUUCAGUCCAAGACAAUCACGCGGCCUGUAUUAUUAGACUUGGAACAUAAACCUAACUUAAACUUGGAUGAACUUGUAAGAGACACUAACAUUUAUAAAGCACAAAACAGGAAUUUUAGAACGCCUAUUAUCAGCAAUAUUGACAAUAACGGGGAGUCUUUUCAAAAUAAGAGUCAUAACUCAAAUUAUAGCUUAAUCGAAAAUUCUUUGAUAGAAAAUGAACAAAUUGUGAAAAAUUGCGACGAUAAGGAAGACUUGGAAAUGUUCAGUUCUAUGGACGAAUUAAAUAAUAAAUCCCCAAUCAGUAUGGGAACGCCACCAGCAUCUAGUAUGACAUCGUCGUCCACACAAAGUUUGCGAGAAGAUAAUGGCUACAAUUUGUAUGAGGAGUUUAUGUCGGAAAUACCUGCAUGCUUGCAACAGAACUCAAAACUCAUCCAAGAAGAUGUUAUGAAAAAAACAAAGAUGCUGUUACAAAAUCUUUUUAUAGAAAGUUGCUAUGAAGAAUGUGAAGAUAAUAUAUUAAGAUGUAUCAAGAAUGAUAAGGCUAAGAAUAUGUAUUAUACAAGCACAGAGGUGGUGCAUAAUCCCAUGGACUACAUUAGACAAGGCCAUGUACAGCACCAGACUCUAUUCCAUAACUCGAGUGAAUCUAUUUCUGGCAGUGACAGUGCCUCUCAGUCACCGCUGAGAGAUCCCUCAUGUCUGUCGUCACCAUCAGACACACCAUUGAGUAUUGUCAUACAGGACACGCCUGACUACACAUAUUAUCCGCAUAGAUUAAAUUAA